GAGGCAUAAUCAGUUCUAACUUUCGAAAAACAUCCCGAAGAAACAUCGUCAAUCUUUCGAUCUUCGACAAAAUGGAGAACAAGCUGACAUUCUUUGUUGCAGCCUUGUCGCUGCUUGUUGCACUGACCGACGCAGCACCAUCAACCAUGUCUUGUACUCCAAGUGAAUCUACAACCUUUCCGGUGGGGAGGCAAGUAGUAUGUACUUGUGCGGCAUCCUCUGGGACAGCCGCUUCCACAGUUUGGCAAUAUGGCGGAGCUACAGUUACAGCAGGGACAUCUGGGACAGGCAGUACCGUAUACACGCACGUUAUCGUAGCGGGUGACAAUGGCAAAACGAUUACGUGCCUCGUUACUGUUGGAUCUACACCAGAUACGGCCGCCGCUUCCGUGAUCUUAAAAGCCGAAGACCCAGUGAAACCUGACAUCAAAUGCGCCCCUGCUAAAGUGGCGAAGAACGCAGAAUCAAUGUGUACUUGCACAAACAAAAAUACCGUGGUCUAUACCCCGACCAAGUACACAUUUUCGGUGGAUGCACGUCCGGGUGUGGACGGUACUGAAGGUACCUUAAAGAAUGGGCUGAAAGUGAAGGCAAUGAUGGCAAAAACAAAAGUCACGUGCAGCGUUCAUUUCAGUGCAACCGUAAAGACACCAGCCUCCAGUUAUGCCAUGAUUGAAACUUCGGGUGGUAACAGUGUCUCAGGGCUGCAGGCUGUGUCACUAGCCGUGAUGAUAUUUUCGUUCAUUGUCACUCAUUUUGUCAGUGAAUAGAGACGAAUAACAUCCACUUCUGCCUUGUAACGAUAUCCACGGUUAGUUUUUAUCACAAAAGCGUGCUGUAUAAGAUGGUGCUAUUUCACUGUGUGAACCCACCUACAGAUCAUGAACAUCUAAAGCUUGUUUUGAUGAGUUUCUAAUCCAAAACAUCUAAUCAACUCCAUAUCACGUCUAUCACGGCCAAGAGCGUUUUUCUUAAAUAAUGAUUCAUUUGGUACAAUGAUGGAGGCAUCAUCGUUUCGGUGAAGGGGCAAUGGCUACCAGUAUUUCGGUUUAUAUUUUAAUGGCUUUUUCAACCAAUUUUCAAAAUAUCAAAAUAAUUUAUAGCAAAUCUGCCUGCUAAAUUCAUAGAGUGCAAAGGCUCUAGCUUCCGUAAAUAGUGGAUUCACCUUCACGAUGUAAUCAUGUGCUACGACUCUGUUUUAACUGAUGAUAUGACGUCAUUAGGACUGAAGUCUACGAAAGCCCAGAAGACUCAUUCCAAGUUCCUAAUUCCAAUUUCGAAUUUGGAAUUUCGGAUUUGGAAUGAGCCUUUCUGGGCUUUCGUAGAAGUAUGUUAGGACAGAUGGGUUCACGUUGAGCCUACACGCAUUGUCACGAUGAAAAAUACAACUGUUCCAAUCUUUCGUCAAGAAUUAAUAAAUGAAUGCAUUACUUCAACUGAUUUGACAACCGUUUUGAUGCAGCCGCUCCAUCUUUAUCUUCGCUCAUUAUUUGAAACUAGCCUGGGUAUAACUUGGUGAGUAGUUAUGAGUACAUGUACGUUGCGUAAUUUGAAGACAGGUUAUCUCCGAGCAGAAUGAAUGCAUCAAUAAUCAGUAAAAUAAUGGUACGUUCGUCACAUAGGAUAUUCUUUAAUAAUUGCCCGUGAAAGAAUUAUACUCAGUAGAAAAUGCAUUAUCUAUCGGUUGAAGCGGGUCUGUUAUACAAUAUGUAUGUUACAUGGAACAUAGGCUUGUUGAUGUGUAGGCACCGGUCAUCCUGACCUAAUUACAUCGACAAAGUGUGUUUUGUGUACCAUCUCACAUCGUAGUGAGAAGUAUCUGUAUAGUCCUGCCGUAGAUUUUAAGUUUGCUAAAUCAUGGUUGACCGUUACAUUUGAACGUCACAUUUUGCAAUGCCAUGAUAGUUUAGUUAUUGUAGAUGGUUAUACUGGACUGGGUUGUGUAUUACGUUAACAAAAAAUACCUUUGAUAACAGCAUACUAUGAGGUAACAAUAAUGUACCAACAGACAUACAUUAACCUGGGCAUAAGUGGUAAUAAUGGUCGAUUUUUGAUCAACAUCACCAGAUAUGAUGCAGUCAAAGAUGCCUUGCGAUAGUGCAAGGGAUAUUUUUACCGAUGUUAUGUUGUACAGAAAUUGUAUGCCCGUGUUACUUAAAAUUGUUAUAGGUCUGUUUUUCGAUAAUUCUAUUUUUGAAUAACUUAUUUUUAUCAAUCAUUUAUUCUCAAACGUUUUGUUUAAUGAUCACUACUUUGAAAAAAAAAAACACCGCCUGCUUUUAAAA